UGGCUGAUAUCCCAGCAAAUCCCUCAGUUUGAAGAUGUCAAGUUUGAGGCAGCCAGCCUCCUGUCUGAGCUGUACUGUCAGGAGAAUUCCGUGGACACAGCAAAACCUCUGUUGCGCAAAGCCAUUCAGAUUUCACAGCAGACUCCGUACUGGCACUGCAGAUUGCUUUUUCAGCUUGCACAACUACACACACUUGAAAAAGACUUAGUUUCAGCAUGUGACCUGCUCGGAGUUGGCGCGGAAUACGCUCGGGUGGUCGGAUCAGAGUAUACCAGAGCACUGUUUCUACUAAGCAAGGGGAUGCUCCUUCUAAUGGAACGAAAGCUGCAGGAGGUGCACCCUCUCCUUACUCUUUGCGGGCAGAUAGUUGAGAACUGGCAAGGAAACCCCAUCCAGAAAGAGUCGUUACGUGUGUUCUUCUUGGUCCUGCAGGUCACACAUUACCUGGACGCGGGGCAGGUGAAAAGCGUGAAGCCGUGCCUGAAGCAGCUCCAGCAGUGCAUCCAGACCAUCUCCACGCUGCACGACGACGAGAUCCUGCCCAGCAACCCUGCUGAUCUCUUUCACUGGCUGCCCAAGGAGCACAUGUGUGUGCUCGUCUACUUGGUGACAGUGAUGCAUUCCAUGCAAGCAGGGUACCUGGAGAAGGCUCAGAAGUACACAGACAAAGCACUCAUGCAGCUAGAGAAGCUAAAAAUGUUGGACUGCAGUCCUAUCUUGUCAUCUUUCCAAGUUAUUUUGUUGGAACACAUUAUCAUGUGUCGGCUCGUCACGGGACACAAAGCCACAGCAUUGCAGGAGAUUUCACAAGUCUGUCAGCUCUGCCAGCAGUCUCCCAGACUGUUUUCUAAUCACGCUGCCCAGCUGCACACUCUGUUAGGGCUCUACUGCAUUUCUGUUAAUUGCAUGGACAAUGCAGAAGCACAAUUUACUACAGCACUGAGGCUCACUACACAUCAAGAACUCUGGGCGUUUAUUGUGACAAACUUGGCCAGCGUGUACAUCAGGGAAGGCAACCGGCAUCAGGAGCUUUACAGCUUACUGGAAAGGAUAAAUCCAGACCACAAUUUUCCUGUGAGCUCUCACUGUCUCCGAGCAGCGGCGUUCUACAUCCGAGGUCUCUUCUCCUUCUUUCAAGGAAGAUACAACGAGGCAAAGCGUUUUUUGCGAGAAACACUGAAAAUGUCGAACGCGGAAGACUUGAACCGAUUAACGGCGUGUUCUCUCGUGCUCCUGGGUCACAUAUUCUACGUGUUAGGGAAUCACAGGGAAAGUAAUAACAUGGUAGUACCAGCCAUGCAGCUUGCAAGCAAGAUACCAGACAUGUCUGUGCAGCUGUGGUCUUCAGCUCUCUUGAGAGACCUGAACAAGGCCUGCGGAAACGCCAUGGACGCGCACGAGGCAGCACAGAUGCAUCAAAACUUCUCCCAGCAGCUCCUCCAGGACCACAUCGAAGCGUGCAGUCUUCCAGAACACAACCUCAUCACGUGGACAGACGGACCACCUCCUGUCCAGUUCCAGGCACAGAACGGACCCACCACCAGCCUGGCCAGUCUCCUGUGAAACAGAAAUAACUACCAGGACAGUGUGUUUAAAAAAGAAAAGAAAGAAAGAAAGAAAAAAAAAAAAAGCCAAAAAAAAA